CCUAACCUACCACCAUGGCUUCAUUCAGCAACUUCCCGGAAGACCUGAAAGCGCAACUGAAUCUCCCGUUCCGGAUGUUAAAAACGGGGAAUCUCCAUUUUGGGGAGGAGCCCAAGAGUUUUGCCUCCAAGAAUUGGAGAUUCGUCUACAUACUACCGUCGAGUGUGUUGCUCAUCACAAGCACCUCUUACUUUGCGGCCACUAGCAUCGAUGAUCUGAAUGCCUUUGCGUUCAGUGUUGGUUGUGCUACCAUUGGCGUGAUGGGGCUUCUUUCGUUAAUGACUUUGGGGAACCGAAAGGACGAUAUAAAUUUUAUCCUCCAAGAAAUAGCGUUUUUCUGGCCGAAAGAUGAAUAUUUGUCGCAAAAACAAAUCUUGGCAAAGAAAAAGCACUGUGAUAGGCUAAAUAACUGUGCUAAAUUACUCAUUGUGAUGGCGCUGGUGGGCAUGUGGAACUUCAUGCUGCAGCCGCUGUUGGUGACGGCGUCCCGGCGGCUCGUGCUGCGGCAGCGGCCCCGCCUCACCUUUCCCUUCCCCUGCUACUUCCCUUUCGACCCCACCGCCAACUGGGCGCUGUAUCUCGCUACGUAUUUCUACCAGUGCUAUUCUAUGACAAUCCUCAUCAACCUGAUGAUCGGGACCCAACUGUUCAUGGUGACAAUUCUGGCGCAACUCAGCGUUCUGUUCACUUUCCUUGGAGACGCACUGCUGGGCAUCAGACCGACAGACAACAACAUCUAUAACAACAAUAAUAACAAUAUCUCAGUCACGGAGGUAACUGGAGAUGAAAAUGAAGAAUCCAUGUUGAGGCAAAUUCGUGAUAUUGUUAAGAUACAUCAACGGCUAAUUCUAUUAUCAAAUAUUCUAGACAACGUCUUUAACAAAUUAAUAUGCUACAUAGUUAUUUAUGCCACAGCAAGUAUUUGUUUCUUCGGCUUUUUAACAAGGGCGGCGCCGGAGACCAAGAUGAAGCUGUUCUACGGACAGGCUAUAUCGUCGCUCCUGCUGAUGGUGCACUUUAUUUGCUAUUAUGGGCAGUUUCUUAUAGAUUCUAGUUCUAACAUAGCAAUGGCCGCAUAUUCAAAUAAAUGGUACAAGCACGGAACCCACUAUCAACACAACAUUCGCAUGAUCAUACUGAGAUCGCAAAAGCCAAGCUCAGUGACCUCACUGAAAUAUGCACCACUGACCCUCAACAUGUGCAGCACGAUACUGAGUACUUCUUGGUCUUACUGCUCUCUCAUGUACAGUUUUUACUAUGAUAAGAAGUAAAGCAUUUUUACAUUCACAAAUUCUUAC